AUGCCUACCAAACUCCCAUCUACAUCCACCUCAACAUCCAAAUCAACAUCAUCCACCACCCCAAACCCCACCCAAAUAAUCAACCGUCCACGCCCACAAACCUGGAUAUUCAUCCCUGCACCCUGCCCCUCCUCUUCACCCUCUCUCUCCUCCUCAAUCACCUCUCUCAAACCCCCAUCUCAACCAAGCUCCGAUACAUUUCCUCCCUAUCCACCUCCACCUACUCGUCCACCACCUGUUAUACCCUUCGAAUCAUCUAGCCAAACCCAUCGAUAUCCAACUUUCCUGAGUACGAGGAGCUCGUAUGAAAAGCGGGAAUGUGAGCUCGAGGGGUGUGAUACUGAGAGUGGGACGAAGAAGUCGGAAUGUGAGCUCGAGGGGUGUGAUACUGAGAGUGGGACGAAGAAGUCGGAAUGGGAGGGAGAUGGAAGGGAAAGAUACGAGGAGGAGGAAAAUAGGGAAAAACAUGACGAUGAUGAUGAUGAUAAAGAAGAAGAAAUCCCACCAUUUACUCAAGCACUUUUUUUCGAUUCUCUACAAUCGGAUUUUAAUGCUCCUCGAUCAAACUCUUCAUCUCUAAAUUCCUCUUCAUCAUCGAAGUCGAAUUCAUCAACUCCUCAACCUAAAUUAUUCCACCCAAUUUCUCAUUAUCGACUCUCUCAAUCCUCCAAAUCCUCUAAGCCCUCUACUUCUCCUUCCCCAUGUCUUUCUCUUUUCCCCUCUCCUCCUCGUCCUCCCCCCACCUCACCCUCACCUUCCCUCACAAAAACCCGUCCACCAAUACCCAACCCUAUCCCCAUCCCAUUUAUCCAGAACUUCUCCUCCCCAAACUCCCACACCGGAAUCACCUCUCACUCAACCACUCACCUCCCCUCAAAUUCUCAUCAACAUCCCGACGAAGAUCUCAAUGAAUGGGUAUUAAUCCCACCGGACAUCUCUUCACAUUCACAUUCUUCUUCCCCAUUAUCAUCUUCCUCCUCAUCUCCAUCUCGAUCUCCAUCUCAACUACACCACCCCCCUCCUAUCGCUUCCGAACAGUCAAUAUCAAAGGAAGAAGUUACUCCUCAACAAGAAGUCACUUCUGACCGAGAAUGA